GCCGCCGCGGCGGCGGGGGAGGUGGGGCGAGGCGAGGGUUGCUGAGGAGAAGCGGCUGCCGGGCCGGGCCGGGCCACAGGCGGUGGCGGCGGGACCAUGGAGGCGGCGGCCGCUGCUCCGCGUCCCCGGCUGCUCCUCCUCGUACUGGCGGCGGCGGCAACGCUGGUCCCGGAGGUGACGGCAUUACAGUGUUUCUGCCACCUUUGUACAAAAGACAAUUUUACUUGUGUCACAGAUGGGCUCUGCUUUGUCUCUGUCACAGAGACCACAGACAAAGUUAUACAUAAUAGCAUGUGUAUAGCUGAAAUCGACCUAAUUCCACGAGACAGGCCAUUUGUAUGUGCACCAUCUUCAAAAACUGGGUCUGUUACUACAACAUAUUGCUGCAAUCAGGACCAUUGCAAUAAAAUAGAACUCCCAACUGUUGGCCCUUUUCCAGGAAAGCCAUCAUCUGGCCUUGGUCCUGUCGAACUGGCAGCUGUCAUUGCUGGACCAGUAUGCUUCGUCUGCAUCUCACUCAUGUUGAUGGUCUAUAUCUGCCAUAACCGCACUGUCAUUCACCAUCGAGUGCCAAAUGAAGAGGAUCCUUCGUUAGAUCGCCCCUUUAUUUCAGAGGGUACUACGUUAAAAGAUUUAAUUUAUGAUAUGACAACAUCGGGUUCUGGAUCAGGUUUACCAUUGCUUGUUCAGAGGACAAUUGCGAGAACUAUUGUGUUACAAGAAAGUAUUGGCAAAGGUCGUUUUGGAGAAGUUUGGCGAGGAAAAUGGAGAGGAGAAGAAGUUGCUGUUAAAAUAUUCUCCUCUAGAGAAGAACGUUCAUGGUUCCGUGAGGCAGAGAUUUAUCAGACCGUCAUGUUACGUCAUGAAAACAUCUUGGGAUUUAUAGCAGCAGACAAUAAAGACAAUGGUACAUGGACUCAGCUCUGGUUGGUGUCAGAUUAUCAUGAGCAUGGAUCCCUUUUUGAUUACUUGAACAGAUACACAGUUACUGUGGAAGGAAUGAUAAAACUCGCUCUGUCCACAGCAAGUGGACUUGCCCAUCUUCACAUGGAGAUAGUUGGUACCCAAGGAAAACCAGCCAUUGCUCAUAGGGAUUUGAAAUCAAAGAAUAUCUUGGUAAAGAAGAAUGGAACUUGCUGUAUUGCAGACUUGGGACUGGCAGUAAGACAUGAUUCGGCCACAGAUACAAUUGAUAUUGCUCCAAACCACAGAGUGGGAACAAAAAGGUACAUGGCCCCUGAAGUUCUAGAUGAUUCCAUAAAUAUGAAACACUUUGAAUCCUUCAAACGUGCUGACAUCUAUGCAAUGGGACUAGUAUUCUGGGAAAUAGCUCGACGAUGUUCCAUUGGUGGUAAAUCUCUCUCCCCUCCCCCAACAUUUUGUUAUGAACAAGUUGUUCAAGAAUUACCUUUUUUAUUGAAUGAAAUUGUUUACCUGGUGAUCACUGAGAGUGCCAGAAAAAAUGAAAGAGAUAAAUGACAUGACAUGCUUUAUCCUAGUGUAUAGUUUUAUCCUAAUACACAGCUUUAUUCCAGUGUAGUCUUUUUC